AUGGAAUCGAUUCCUCCGCGUCAGGCUUUCCCUACAGGUCUAUCGCCGGCUCUUCACAGGAGUUCAGAACAUGCCAGCUCCCAAACGGAGGAUAUUGUCCUUGAAUUUCCGGAAGAACAUCUGGGUUUACCUUCAGAACAAGGUCUCGGAUAUUUCCAGGGUGGGCCGGGGCAACGCCUUGGUCUCGAGGGCAGGUACGAAAUCGUGCAGAAACUUGGAUACGGGACCACCUCCUCGGUCUGGCUCGCAAAGGAUCACAUGAAGGACACGUUCACGGCCCUGAAGAUUCUUUCGGGAUACUGCAGUCAGCUGAAUGUGGAACACAACUUACAAGAACUCGAUGUGUACCAACGUCUCGGCGGUGCAUCCCGCAAGAAUCAGUGCAGCUCAUUGAGCGAUUAUUUCUUUGAGCCCGGAGUCAAGGCCAGUGACGGAAAUCACCUGUGUCUCGUCCUCGACUUGUUCCGGUGCAGUGCGGCUGACGCGCUGCAGGCCAUGCCCGCGGGUUCCACAUUUGCGCUCCCCGUUGUCAAACGCAUCUUAAGAGAUGUGCUUACCGCCAUGGAAUUCCUGCACGAGAACGGGAUAGUUCAUACGGAUAUCAAGCCGGACAAUAUCAUGAUCCCCCUUGACCAAAGUUUCAACGUGGAUUUUUGGCUACAAAACGAAGACGGCAAGAGCGUUGACCUCACCUUCUCCGAAGAGCCUCUGGGCAUGCCAGCAGAAUACGGCUUCGGCUAUCCCAUAGUCAACUUUGGGCAGAGGUUUGGCCCAGAAGGACGCUACGAGGUCAUACGAAAGCUCGGCUGGGGAGGGUAUUCCAGCAUAUGGCUUGCACGAGACCACCAAACGCCUAACUCCUUUGUGGCACUGAAGAUGCUCACCGGGAAUGCUACGGACCUCAUCAAAAACGGCCAACUACAAGAGCUAGCAGUCAUGGAGAGGCUCAAGCCCCAGGUGCACGACCACUGCGUCCUGCUCCUGUCGCAUUUCGAGUUUCCCGGCACCUCCGAGACGGAGGGGAACCAUACGUGCAUCGUCACGGAGGCGUUUGCGACAGACGUAGAACGCAUUUGGGCCGCGUUUCCGAGCAGACGGAUGCCCAUCUCAUUAGCGAAGAAGAUUUUGCGAGACGUUCUGGUAGGACUCUCGGGAUUACAUUCGGUAGGAUGCGUUCAUACUGACCUCAAAUCCGCGAACAUUAUGUGUAGGCACCCGCCGUCGGCAUCCUAUGACGCCGUCUCCUCCCUCCUGAGAACCGACCCAUCAGAGAUGAACCCUCCAGACAAGAGCGUAGUUUUAGGGGAAGUACAGUCAGCGAAGUCUCAACCCUUGGUCGUUGCCCUCUCUCUGGAAGAAGCACUUCGCAGCUCAUAUGUUCUAGGGGAUUUAGGGCAUGCGCAGAUUUUGGAUAACAGAACUGCAGCCAUGAUCUCGGACGAACUUUAUCGUGCGCCUGAGGUGAUACUAGGGGGUUUUUGGGACCAAAGUGUCGACAUGUGGGCGUUCGGUUGCAUCGUCGUAGAAUAUGUACUGGGAACGGCUCUCUUCACCCGCGAACACCCAAGGAUCCCGCCUGACAUUUAUCAUAUCCGUCAAGUCUUCUCUGUCCAUCUCAUAAAAGAUUACCAACAUGCGCCCAAAUGUCUCGAUAUGACAACUGGCAAUUUCAUCCGAAAUCCCGCGUUGGAGCCCGGCUUCCUCGACCGUCUGUUCCAAGAAUGGGGUACUCACAGAAGACUCGAGGACCACGAUAUUAUUGGUGCGGCAGAUCUCGCCUCGCGGUGCUUGCGCCUGAACCCAGAAGAACGACCGACAGCGGCUGAGCUUCUGGAUAGCUGCCUGUGGCUCCAAGAAUCACAAAAUGUCAGUGUUCAGUGA